AGUGCUGUGUUCUGCUGUCAAAAUUAUGACAGAAGACGAGAUCUAGGGGCUGUUCGGCAAUCCACUGCUCCCUGAAAUUCAAGGAUCUGCAGAGCACCUGUUCCCCCGGUCCCUACUUUUUACCUUCAGCUCCGCCAACCCCGGGAGCAGAGCGUGGAGUCGGAGGGAUGCCGAACAGGCCUCUAAUUUGUCACCAUAAUUUUUCAUUCUGUCUGUCUCAUUGCUUGAGAAAUGCCAGCCUUUGCUCUCUGUGGCUGUGGAUGCCAAUUGAUGCUGCUGCCAUACUGCUGUCGAACAAAUUAAUCCUCGCCAAAUUCAUAUAUCAGCAUUGAUUUAUAUCUCCUCUUGGGUACAGGUAAUGUUUGUGGUGGCAUAUUUGUUGCUUUACAAGUUUAAUUUCCUGCUGAUUUUGGCCUUUGCUGCCAGCAGUGGUAUGGCAGUAAAUCUAUUAACUUUUUUUUGGAUAAGUGCAAUGAGAUAUAGAUGGCACUAGCUGUGCAGGGUUAAGUUCUUGCCAAUUUCUGCCAUGCCGAUUUUAAUGGCCAAGGAAACAGCAGUGCAUAAAUCUCAGCCUGGCGAGGCCUCUCGAUCUCGACGCGUGCCCAUCCUCUCCUCCUGAUCGAGACCGGGCAAGAAAUGAUGUCUGCCAACGGCGACUCUCCGGCCGGCGCUGCCGUGACGACGCCGAGGUCGCGGCUGCCGCGGUGGACGCGGCAUGAGACUUUGGUGCUGAUCCAGGCGAAGCGCGUCACGGAGCAGCGGGCCGCGCAGCCGGUGCGGCUCAAGUGGGCGGUGGUGUCGGCCUACUGCCGGCGGCACGGCGUGGAGCGCGGGCCCAUGCAGUGCCGCAAGCGCUGGGGCAACCUCUCGUGGGACCUCAAGAAGAUCGUCGCCUGGGAGAAGAAGCACGCCGCCGCCGCCGCCACGGGCGACGCGGACUCGGCGGCGCCGGAGCGCGAGUCGUUCUGGGACAUGCGCGGGGAGCAGCGGCGCGCCAGGCAGCUGCCGUCGUCGUUCGACCGGGAGGUCUACGACGCUAUCGUCGGCGCCGCCAACCAGCUGAAGCCGGACUCCGCCGAGGAGAUGGAGCUCGCCGACGACGCCGACGAGCACCCGCCGUCGCCGAUGAUGGUCAUGCCCAUCCAAGCGAGAAUGUACGUGCCGCCGGCCUCCUCCCAGUCCCAGCACGAGUGCUCCGAUCCGGCGACGGAGAGCGCCAAGAAGCCGGCGUCGGACAAGAACUCCACGUCGCAGCAGGACAGCGAGGCCACGUUCGGCGCUGGAGUCGGGGCGGAGGACACGGACACGGCGACGGCGACGCCAACGGCAGCGGCGGGGACGACGAGCAUGGGGAGGCAGAUGUCGGAGGCGCUGGAGAGGGGCAACCGUUUGCUGGCGGAGCAGCUGGAGGCGCAGAGGGCGAACUGGGACGCGGACAGGGAGCACCGGAGGGCGCUCCUCGCCGCCGUCAACAAGCUCGCCGACGCCGCCGCCAGGAUCGCCGAGAGGCUCUGACGUCUCGACCGGAUGAAUUCUCGUCGUCUCGCCGAUCGAUAGCAGAGAUAGGAGAUGAAGCCGAUUCAGAAUUUCAGAUACUACUAAGUUAGAUCAAAAUUAAGAAUGAUACUUUCCGUAUGACUAUCAAAUCUAUCAUAGAUAAUGUUGAGUAUUCUUCUCUAGUUGUUCCUGAUGUGAAUUGUGAAUUGGCCUGAUAUGAUGAUGGAAUAAUGUUUGUUGUCUA